GCAACUGAACUGUUAAACCUGUCUCUGAUUAUUAUUCCUUUAGAUCACGCUGAUGUCACCAGAGUAAUUUGAGCUCAGAGUCUUUCCACAGCCUUUAAAUAGCAGCCCCAGGAUAAAUUUUCUCCAGCCUCUUGAGGAGAGCUUAAUCUGACAAGAGACCCAAUAGACAAAAAACUACGGAAAGACACCUCCUCUUCCAUCAUGUCCACUUCGCUGAGAGUGAGCCCAUCGGUCCACGGGUACCACUUUGACACCGCGGCCCGAAAGAAAGCUGUGGGCAACAUCUUUGAAAACAUAGACCAAGAAUCCCUCCAGCGGCUGUUCAAAAACUCUGGGGACAAGAAAGCCGAGGAGAGAGCCAAGAUCAUUUUUUCUAUCGACCAAGAUAUGGAAGAAAAGACCAGAGCUCUCAUGGCCCUGAAGAAGAGGACCAAAGACAAACUGUUUCAAUUUCUGAAACUCCGGAAAUAUUCGAUCAAAGUUCACUGAGCAAAUAAGGCAGGAGAGACUGGCUGAGAGGAUAAGAACAAUGUAAGAAUGAAACUGCCGUUCGCGAGAUCCUGACAAAAUGCCUCCUGCAGCUGCCUGUCUGCCUCGGGUAAGGACUUCCAAGCCUGAGAACCAACCGGCUGUAAUUAACUGAAAAUCCAUUUCACACACUGAAAUGUUGCCCGGACAAGAGGCAGAAAAACUCCCGGCAGCCAUGAGCAACCCUCCCUGUGGGAAAGGACUGUUUCUGUUUGUCCAGGGACAAAGAAGGUUCUGCUUGGAGGCAUGCCGGUGACAGCUAGAGACAGCAGGAAGAGGUAGCUAUCCAAGAUCACUUGGACAGACCCCAGGGGUCGUACCCCAUUCAGUUGGAACUUUUUUCAACAAACCAGGGGGACAGAGUGGAUGCCACACGUGUUUACAGAACUUUUUUGUUGAAUUAAAAAAAAAAAAAAGAAAGCUGCCAAGCCUCAAAGCUGUCUUUUGGAAUGGACUAUAGAAGAUCAGUAAUUGAUCAUUUUUUUUUUUGCAUUUGUUAAAAUGCCUUUAAAAGUACACACCACAUGUGUGUGAAUAGAAACUCAAGGGACUGCCUACAGUGGCUUCUUCAGAGCUGUGCAAUUUUAAUUGUCUUGCUCUUCUGAUCUAUAGAGUUGCUUUUAUAUAUACACACUAUAUAUAUGUUUCAUAUUGGUUGCACAAAAGUUAAAAUAAUUGAAUGGAAGUACUGUGAAAGUCUGUUACAGAUUGAAAAGAAAAUGCUAAACUAUGUCAUGGUUAAAGUUCUCAUAGCUACUGCAUUUUAAUAUGAGCAUUUGAUAAUUACACUAGAAGUAUUUUAUAAUGAUGCAAUAGUUUCUAUAAUUUAUUGUAUGUGGAAAGUGACCUGCAACCAUAAUAAAUUAUUCUAAAUGUA